AUUUUGCAGAAUAAUUAUUUACGAAUUUCAGAGUAUUGUACUAAAAAAAAAAAACAGUAACCAAUUACAUGAAACAUGGACAUAUGCUACUGACGUAAGUGCAUUUACAAUAACCUGGUUGCAGGAUUAUUAAAAUUUUUUAAAAUGUAGUUCACUACAAAUCAAACUGAUGGCAAGAAAUAGAUUAAGCAUCUCCAAAUUUCAACAAAAAAGAAAACCAAGGAAGAGGAAAACCAAGCAUAUUGACCCGUUAAAAGAGGAAGAACAGCGGAAACGGAUCGCAGCGAUAGAAGAGAAGAGACAAAAGAUCAUUGACGAAGUUCAUGAAUCGUUGAGGAGAAGGAGACAGGAUAAAAUAGAUAUACAAGAUUUAAAAUAUGAGAAGGAGACAAGAUUGAAACAAAAGGCAAUUAGGGAUGCCAUGAAAGUGGGAAGCGAGAAGACUAUGCUCGAGAUCCGCGAGGACCUAAGUAAAACUGUUGAAACCGGAAUAAAGUGCGUGUACACAUCCGUGAUUUUACCAGAGAAGAUUAAGUUCGACGGCCGUUCAAUUCUCAACAUCAAAGGCGUCAAAUAUCGUUUAAAAAAUAAUUUACAUAUCGUUGGUUGGGGAAAAGAAGCUGUGACGAUGAGCUCGGCAUUCGAACGAGUCGUGGGGAAACAAUUAAAGAAAGGUUGGAUGGUGGUUCCCCGGAAAUCACUUUUCAUGAUGUGGAGCUUUCCGGAAGCGUUUCCACCGCUGGAUAGCCGAAUUUCAUACGUCGAAGCUGGUACCGACGGACACGCUGAUGAGAAAUCAGUAAUAGCUACCAGAAGAAUUAUACAAUAUUGCAAAAAAUUGAAACGAAGAGAUCUGUUGAUAGUCAUGCUCUCGCAAGGGAUCGAUGAUCUCCUUUGCUUGCCGAGAGAGACUAUUACGUUGAGAGAUAAACUUCGAGUGCUGAAUAGAUUAAAAGCUGCGAAUGCAACUCCUGAGGAAAUAAACAUCGUAAGGAACAAACUUUCCGGGAUAAGAGGUGGAGAUUUGGCACGAAUAGCCUACCCAGCAAGGGUCGUGACCCUGAUUACAUCAGACGUCUCUGCUCAACCGAUGUCUGCACUCUCAGGUGGGCCAUGCGUGUACGAUCCAAAAGAUGAGAAAGCUCUGGCAAUACUUACAAAAUACAGAGUGAUCGACAGAGUGCCCUUAAGCGUAAAAGACUUAGUGGAAGAGACAGUCCCAUGGGUGAUGGCUGCGGACAAACAAUUAGACAAUAACAAGAAGUACAAGUUCGUGCAUGAGUACGUGAUUGCUUGCAAUGCAGACGCUAUGGAGUGCAUGUCGGUGGAAGUGUUUAAACUAGGACUGUUCCCUGUGAAAUUAAAUUCGACCUGCUCCGGAGACAUACAAGAAUUCGCGCAGGAAUACGUGAAAAUGACGACGCUGAUGAUUUUAGCUGUAGAAGGAAAAAUAACAAGAUUAGAUAUGUUUCAACAAAUGAGAGAAAGUCCCGUGUGCCCUUUGACUGAUGAAAAAAUUAGUGAAAUAUUCCCCGUGAAAGAUAAAUGGGGAUUAGGUUUAUGUCUGCUGUUGGGAGGUCGACCGACCGUCCAGCUCUGCCAGAAUCCUGGCCGAGGUGGACCUAAUCAGGAACUGGCUUUAUAUUUUUCACUUUACUGGUAUUUGCAAACGCAGCAAUAUCCAAUUUUGAGAGAGUAUACUGUUUGGUUCUUGGGCGGAAGUUCUUACGGAAAGGAUGGCAAUACCGAUAAAACCGGUGCAUUUGGCUACAAGAGUUUAAGUACCGAUGUUUAUCCGGAAUAUUCAAAGGCGCAAAGAGCGUUUAACGCAGCUCAGACGGAAUGGUGGAAGCUUAACGAGGACAAAAGAUUUCGGUCCAAAAUAGCAGAUGCUCGACAAGCGAUGUUAGAACUUAAAGCCGUAAGAAAUAGACAUCGCGAUAUUCUCCCCGGGAACGUUUUGAAAAAGAACGAUACGAAUCUACUGUUUUUAAACAUAAACGACGAGGACGAGUUAUUUGAGUUAAAAACAGGAAAUUAUUAUACUUUCACGGAUGUCGGGGACCUACACGUUAUACGGAUUGUUCGGUUCCAAUGUAACUGCGAUAGUACUUGUCAUGGAAAAGAGGAGAAAGUGUGCACCGAUGCUGAAUGUUUGGUUUAUCAAUCGUUGCCAGCUGAGGUUCUGGGGAAAAUGCAGUAUUGUUGUCGGCUGGGCAGUUGGAAAGAGUAA